CCGGCCCUUUAAAUGGAGCGACCCAGGGACUGAACGGCACCUUCGCCGGGAUCCCUGCCCGAGCCGCCUCUGUUGCUCACACCCACACACGUCGACAGUCACUACUCACGCCAGGUCCUAGCCCGUGCUAAGAUGCAGACCCCAGGUCAGAAGCGGGUCAGCCGCUCGAACGCCUCCACCCCGCUCAGUCCUACCAAGAUCAGUCGCCUCCAGGAGAAGGAGGACUUGCAGAACCUCAAUGACCGCCUGGCCGUCUACAUCGACAAGGUCCGCUCACUGGAGCUGGAGAAUGCCGGGCUGCGGCUCCGCAUCACCGAGUCCGAGGAGACCACCAGCCGCGAGGUGGUCAACAUCAAGGCCAUGUAUGAGACGGAGCUAGCUGAUGCCAGGAAGACCCUGGACAACGUGGCCAAGGAGAAGGCCCGGCUGCAGUUGGAGUUGGGCAAGCUCAGGGAGGAAUUCAACGAGCUCAAGACCCGGAAUACAAAGAAAGAGUCCGAGCUGGCAGCUGCCCAGGCCCGUAUGAGGGACCUGGAGGCGAUCCUCAACUCCAAGGACGCGGCGCUCUCCACCGCCCUGGGGGAGAAGAGGAAUCUGGAGAACGAGCUGCGGGAGCUGCGGGCGAAGAUCGCCAAGCUGGAGCUGUCCCUCAACGACGUCAAGAAGCAGCUGCACGACGAGAUGCUGAGGAGGGUAGAGUGCGAGAACCGGGCCCAGACCAUCCAGGAGGAGCUGGACUUCCAGAGGAACCUCUACGACGAGGAAAUCCGCGAGACCAAGAGGCGUCACGAGUCGCGCCUGGUGGAGAUCGACUCGGGGAGGCAGCGCGAGUACGAGAGCAAGCUGGCCGAUGCGCUGAACGACCUGAGGUCCCAGCACGAGGAGCAGGUCCGGCUGUACAAGGAGGAGCUGGAGAAGACCUACAACUCCAAGUUGGAGAACGCCAAGUUCUCGGCCGAACGGAACAGCAACCUGAUUGGUGCGGCCCACGAGGAGCUGAGCUCCACCCGUCUCAGGCUGGACACCCUCUCCACCCAGCUGAAGCAGCUGCAGAACCAGAUCGCGGCCAAGGAGGCGAAGAUCCAGGAGCUGGAGGCGGCCCUGCAGCGGGAGCGUGACUCCAGCCGGCGGCUGCUCAGCGACAAGGACCGGGAGAUGGCCGAGAUGCAGCGGCGGAUGCAGAUCCAGCUCGACGAGUACCAGGAGCUGCUGGACGUCAAGCUGGCGCUGGACAUGGAGAUCAACGCCUACCGCAAGAUGCUGGAGGGGGAGGAGGAGAGGCUGAGGCUGUCGCCCAGCCCCCCGCCGCAGGUGUCGGUGUCCCGGACCACCACCAGCCGCUCCGUCCACACCUCCCAGGUCGCUCAGACCAAGAAGCGGCGCCUGGACGAGCUGGAGAGCGAGGCAUCGAGUGGCAGCAAUACCAGCAUCGCGCAGCACGCCACCACCAAGGGCCGGGUCCUGGUGGACGCCAUCGACCUGGACGGCAAGUUCGUCCGGCUGAAGAACAAGGCCAACGAGGACCAGCCCAUGGGGAACUGGCAGGUGAAGAGGCAGAUCGGCGGUCGAGCAUCCAUCACCUACAAGUUCCCUCCGAAGUUCGUCCUGCGCGCUGGGCAGUCGGUGACGAUCUGGGCAUCGGACUCCGGGGGCUCCCACAACCCCCCCACCGACUUGGUGUGGAAACAGCAGCGGACCUGGGGCACAGGAGACAACAUCAAGACCAGCCUGAUGAACAACAGCAACGAGGAGGUCGCGAUGCGCAAGGUGACUCGCUCGAUGUUAAUCAACGACGAGGACGAGGACGACUUCGAUGGGGAACUGCGGCGGCAUGACGUACAUCAGGCGGCCCACAGCACCAGCGGGAGCGCCGAGGCAGAGUACAACCUCCGCUCCCGCGCCGUGGUGUGCGGUUCCUGCGGCCAGCCGGCCAGCUCGUCCGAGGAGACGUCCCGGAGCGAGCAGCAGACCACCAUCAUCACCGGCCCCACGUCCCGGCAGACGGUGACCAAGUCCUACCGGGCGGUGAGCGGAGGAGGAGGGGGCGGAGGAGGGGGAGCGGCCGAGAGCAUCGUCACCCGCUCCUACGUGAUGGGUCAGCCGUCGAUCGGAGGGCAGGUCCUCCCGGAGCUCUGGGCCGUCCGCCAUUGGUUCCCCGCCGCCGGCGAGACCGACGUCCCGGAGGUCCCGGCCCCGGCCCUGGCCCCGGCCCCCCCACGCGGCCCGGCGGCGGACGGCGGUGGCAGCGGCGGGGGCUCCCAGCGGGGGAGGGCUCGGCCCGGCGACGAGGCCAGCCCCGGACGCAGGGCGGUGAGACCACGCACGUCCCCGCGGCACAACAAGGGCGUCCCGCCCCGGCGUUAUGGCCAGACUGCCCGCCCGCGCACCCGGGCCAGGACUCGCAGAUCGGACUCUGAUGACGAGGAGCCUUUUCAGAAGAAGACAAGUCAGGGUUUGGGACCAGGGACGGGACUCUCCUCUCUCCUGCCGCAGCCGCGGAACCUGACCCUGAAGGAGACCAACCGCGCCCUGCUGCCUCAAUCCUUCACCAAGGCAGCGGGCCGAGCCCCCACCGUCACCACCACCCCCUCGCCCUCUGCCAUCAAGGCGGCCUCGAAGAGCGCCGCCAAGCAGCUGGCCAGGCACAUCAUGAACGAGAAGGCAAGCGACGGCGAGGAGGAGGAGGAGGAGGACGAGGAUGAGGAGGAGGAGGGGGGGGAAGAGGACGCCGGCUUCUUCUCGCUGCCCGACAGGGUGCCGCCGCCCGCCGCCAGGACUGAGCCGUACCCGGGCGGAGCGGCGGAGGAGCCCCCGCUGGCGCCCGAGACCGGCGACGUCCCCGACCCCGCCGACGCCCCCUUGGAGUUCAACAGGAGCGGCGCGCCACUGGGUGACGGCCCCUUCCCGCCCUCCGGCAGCUCCCCGGCAAACCCUGGGCCCGAGUUCGGCGGCCAGUACUUGGACUAUAGCGCACAGGGGACGGAGCAGAGUGAAUAUUACCAGAACUACUACAGUAAUUACUACCAGGGCCCAGAUCCUGCCCUGAAGCCAGCCCCGGAAGAGGAACUGAACACCUUCAUGAACGACGAAGCAUUCAAGAGGCUGCAGGGAAAGAGGAACCGAGGGAAGGAAGAAGUCAGCUUCUUGGAGAUCAAAGGGGAUGACCAGCUGAGCGGAUCGCAGCAGUGGCUCAUGAAGUCCCUGACCGAGGAGAAGGACUUGAAAUCGUUCAGUAAGAAGCGAGGGGAGCAGCCCACGAGCCAGCAGAGGCGCAAGCAUCAGAUCACCUACCUGAUCCACCAGGCCAAGGAGCGGGAGCUGGAGCUGAAGAACGCCUGGUCCGACAACCGACUCACCAAGCGGCAGACCCAGGCCAAGUAUGGCUUCUGAGCCCCUCACCCCUCACCCCGGGGGUCUGCGGUGGGUGGGGGGGGGGGGGGGAACCUGUCGACGGGGGGUGGGGGGCGCGGGGGGUGUGGGACGGGGGUGCGGUGUUGCACGCUGGCUGAUGGACUGGGCUGGGGGCAGCGGGGAGAGCGGGACGGGUGGGUAGCCGCCGUGCGUCCCGGAGCGGGGGCGGGCACCUCUCGAUGGUUUGCCCCCUCCCCUCGAACACGCGCAGCUCACCUCUGCCGUCUCCCCCUCCCCACUCGAGGGACGAGCAGUUGUAAAGUUUUACUUGAUGUGCGUGUGUUUUUUUUUAAAGAAUAGACAUUAACUGUGGGGCAGAGAAGGAGAGAUGUUUUCUACAUCUAGGGGCAGCUACUCUCGGGGGGGCAGGCUGCCUCGGAAACGAUUCUCAGCAUGAUCUGAAGUUGUACAGCCGUAAUAUUUGUAUAAAGAACAUUAGUGGGUAGAACUAAGUGUACUUAAGUGUCAUUACAUGCUUACCAGUGA